UCAAUUUAUGUCAUCCACAUUUGUUUCAAUGGCGGCGCCCAUGCAAACUGUUCUUUCUCAAGAUAAUAUUUCAUCUGAUCAAGAACAGGAUGCUAAUUUGGCAUUUUCCGAGUUAGAUAAAGGUUUGAGAUCACCAAAGAUUGGAAUACAAUGUGAAUCCAUUGUAAGAUUUCCGAGUCUGUUUGAGAAAUAUCCAUUCCCUAUCCUGAUCAACACUGCAUUCCUUAGAUUGGCAGAUAUUUUUAGGAAUGGAAACAAUUUUUUGCGAUGGUGUAUCUUGCAAGUAACCGAACAAAGCAAAAAACAUUUGGAGAAAAUUUUAAACAUAGAUGAAUUUGUGAGGAAGAUAUUCUCAGUAAUUCACAGCAAUGAUUGCACUGCAAGAGCUUUGACCCUAAGAACCCUUGCUAACCUUGCCAGUAUUAUAACUGAAAGGAAGAAUGUUCACCAUAGCAUUGUGAAUGGUUUUGAUUCCAACGAUGCAGUCGAAGUGGAUGCUGCUGUUUUUGCUGCUGGGAAAUUUGCCGAACAAUCAAGUUCUUUUGCUGCCAGUAUCUGUAACAAUUUAUCUGACAUGAUUCAAAACAUAGCAACACCAGUUGAUUUGAAGUUACAGUUAAUACCCAUACUACAGCACAUGUAUCAUGAUGUGCAAACAUCAUCUAAGGCAAGACAAGUGUGUUUGGAACUGCUAUCCAGUUUGCCCUCACAGAAGUUUGUCAUUAGGACACUACAGACAAUGACAGCACUGGCCUGUCAGUCAUUGAUUGAUGUUCAAUCACAGGUUGAUCUAUUGAUCAGUCGAGUCACUGAUGAUCCAAGACAAUCGGUCAAACUCAUAGCUCUAAAAGAUCUAAAUUGCCUAGCAAUGAAAGCACCUCAGAUGUGGAAAUAUUCAUCUGUAAAGAGUCUUAUAACAGUUGUACUGCAAGCCAAAUCCACAGCUGUUAAGAUUGCCAUACUAGAAGUCCUAGGAACAUUAGCAAAAUCUGUAGCAUUUCAUCUCUUUCUUACUCAUGAUGUAUCAGCAGCAGACAUGCAGAAAAUACAGGAAGUGUGUAAUCUAUGUUAUGUAUCUCAGAACCCAACAUUGUCAGCCAAAGCCAUGGAGUUCUACACAAACAUUGCCAUUUGUUUCAAAAGUUUCAAGAGGAAAUUAUUUCGUUUGGACCAGGACCCAGUAGAAGGGGCUAGACUUGCAAUAACAACACAAUGCUGUUUAUCAGUUUGGGGUACAACAAAAGAAGAUAAAAAAGUUCUUAAGCUUUGUUUACAGUGUGCUGUACACCUGGUGAAAAAGUUUCCAGAUACAACCAUGUUUUUCCUGUCCGAAAUUGUGGAACUUUUAGAGACAACUGAAAGCGAGGAACAUGCUUUGAUAUUGUGUGAAGGAUUAGCAGCCAUUGGUUCAGAAAAUCACAUAUACAUACGAGAGAUAAUUCCCAACAUUCUUUCACUGUUACAGAGUAGUGCCAUUUGUCAAGAAGGUCAAGUUAAGACCUACCUUGGGACUCUAAUAUUCCAAGCAGCAGGUAGUGAAACAAUCCCAACAGAGAUACAGAAACUGAUUCUCAGAAAUGGACAUAAGUCACCAUGGUUUAUGUAUAAACUGGCCAGACAGGCUAUGAGAUAUGGACAGCAUCCUGUUGCAGCUGACCUCUUCAAUUCUCUCUCGCAUCUGGUUGCAUCAGAACAUCUCCAUUUUUGGAUGGUAGCUUUACAAGAAAUUAGUGAAGGUGAAAGUUAUCUGAUGAAAGAGAAAGAUGACAGUGGGAUGACAAAGACACUAUUAUGUUAUCAGAAAUCUCUUUCUUCACUGAAGGCUGCUUCCACACAAGUGUUCCCGAUGCAGUUUCAAACAGAUCUAGUCCAUCUUAGAAUAGAACUCCUCCAGGCUCUGACUCAACUGAUACAGACCUGUAAUACAUUCAGGACAUGUCCUCCACCUGCCAUAGCUACAGCAUUAGCACUAACUAAUGGUCAAGAAAUAUCACGCUGUGGUCAGAUAUUGUCACAGUUAACAAAGUGUAUGAAAGAUUUUGAAAAUCUAAAACAGAAAUUUGGAGAUUUGUAUUUAACUUGUUUUGAUGCUGACCCACAGACUUUAUAUACAGUGACACAAUUACAGUAUUGUUGUGAAGUAAUGAAGGCUGGAGUAUCAGCAGUUAUAACAACAGAUAACUCCAGGUUGUUCCCUGUGUCCAGUGAGAAUAGUGAUGUCCUGUCAGUAACACUAGUUACCAUACAGAAAGAUCUGAACCAUAUACUCAAAACUAAUAGCCAAGCUUUAACUCAUGAGCACAUGGAUUUCCUAUGUAAAAGCGUACAGAGUUUGUUACAAGUACCAUUUAGAUACCCACGAUAUUUCUUCCAGAGUAUACAAACAACAAAACUUAAUUUAGCCGUUACACCCCAGCAGAACAUGAGAAUGGAGCCAUUACUUGUACAUCAUAACACUUUAUUUACUCUGAAAGUUGAAGGGGUGAUUGAACACAAGCAACAGAUGUUUAGACAAGUUAGUCAAAUCUGUAUAGCUGUAAACACAGAAAUUACUAGCCAACAACAUAAUACAGACACAAAGGUCAAGGAUCCAAACAGAAGUUAUGAAGAAACAGUUCGACCACAUAAAGACUAUUUCUCCUGUAGUUUUCUGUUAUCAUUUCCUGUUGCUGGACUUUACAGUGUACAAAUCAGAGGUUUAGUUUUAGAUGACGCUGGAACAAAAUGGAAUACAGGACCUCAGUUUACAAUGACCUUUAAAUCAUAUGACGAUACAAUUCAUAGAAAGCCUAAAACAGUAGUAAGCAGAACUUCAUUUGGACAGAUGUAGGGCUUCAUUAUGGAAAUAUGUAUUAAAAAAUCAUUGGACAGUUACAAUCAGAAAUAUUAAGUGCCAACCAAAUGUGUAUAUUGUCUGUCUGCUUCGUGCAUGUGCACACUUUAAAAGCCGAGUGAAUUUCUUUUGAUAUGAAUUGAUAUCGCCAUUUUCAAUAGAUUACAAAUUAAAAAUUGUUACACAGGAAA